AGGAGACACUUGUGGCUGUGGCAGAGCUCAUAACAGCUCAGAGGGACAUUUGUGAGUAGCAGUCAGCCUGUGGUCAACUGGCCUAAUGGAAAGUCCUGCUUGAGGACACGCUGCGUGUCUUAGGCGAUGGUUUGCUAAUGGCAGGAAGGCUGUUCAUGUGGUGCUCUGGCACACAGGAACCCUGCAAGCUGGCCUGUCUAGAUUCGCAGCUGUGACAUCUGGCACUGCACGUUGACCUAUGGUUUAAAUGUACGGGCUGCACGUGAAGUCCAUGUUUUUCUGAUAGGGCUCAAUGACAAGACCUUUGCUCUCUGCACCUGAGGACUACUAUCCUCACUUCAGCCUGGGCUUUUCAUGGCUCUGUCCCUUCACUUUUACUGUCUCAGUUCCACCCUUGCAUCAGGUGAGACCUGCACUGGGCCCUUAUAGGAGUCACAGGCUGAUAGGACAGUAGAGGCUCCAGUGGAUUUAUUUGGGAUGAGUGACACACAGGCAAGUCACUCCCAUCCCCUCCCCUAGGCCACAGAGGUAUUCUCUCUCUCUCUCUCUCUCUCUCUCUCUCUCUCUCUCUCUCUCUCUCUCUCUCUCUGGGGGUGAAUAUAGCUGACUGGCUUUAAAACCACAGUUUAGCCAAGGCUUGUCUUAAAUUUGUGGCGAUUCUCCCAUCUCAGCUUCCUGAGUGCUGGGAUUACAGCCACAAGGCCUCUUAAUCAUGGUCUGGAAGCAGUUGGGGCCCAUGGGCUCCUUGUCCAUCUCUAUUGUAACUAGUAUCAUCACAACACUUAGAAGUGUCUCCCCACUAUAGUCCCACCCAUCCAUCUUCCAGAGUCAAACCCUGGACUCCAUAGGGUUCCUGGCUCCUCUUGGCUUCUGUAACUUUCUCCCUUCCCCGCUCUUCUUAGCUCAUCUUCUAAGAAUGAGCACAACACAGCAAACAAAGACCUGCCCAUGGUGUCUGUGAGUAGGACCCCCUGACCUGCUCUGAGGAUACUCAUAGAAACUGGGCAAGGGAGAAGAGGCCUGAACCUGGAACAGGACCUGGAUCAAAUGGUGAGGGGAGCUGUGUGAUUCUCUUGGAAACCAGUCAUGAUUCCUUUGCCAGGUGGUGGUGCUGUGACCAUCAAGACAGAAGCACAGGCCGAGGAUGAAUCUGAGCAGCAGCUUCUGGAGUCCCUGAGCCAGUCCAUGAGCCAGUCCCACAAAAGGCCCAGGACUAGAAACUCCAGACUGCUUCAUGACCAGGGAGUGCCUAGGGUACUGAUUAGGGAACCCCAGGCCGCAGUGGCUAGGAAGGAGCCACCCUGUACCCUUCCUCGACGACGACGACGACAACAACAACAGCGGGCAUUCUCAUGCCCUGACUGUGGGGAGAGCUUCCGCUUGAAAAUUAAUCUGACAAUUCAUCAGCGGACCCAUGUAGAAGAGGAGGAACACAGGGAGGUUUGCAGUGAUUUGCCUGUUGGGUCAGGGGAAAGCCACUCCACACUGGAACCAGGGGAGGUGGUGGUGCCUGGUCCUAUCAUCGGCUGGGUACCUCAGAAGCCCACAAGACACCGUUCCCUGAUAAGCAGUGCUUUCCUGAGACAAAGGUCAACAGCUAAGGUUUACCACUGUAGUGAAUGCCUGCUCUCCUUCCAGCGACGGAAGACCCUGAUACUGCACCAGCGUCAGCACACAGGCAUCAAGCAGGGCUGGCCUACCUGUCCCUACUGUGGCAAGGCCUUCCGCCGGCCCUCAGACCUCUUCCGUCACCAGCGCAUCCACACUGGUGAACGUCCCUAUCAGUGCCCCAAGUGUGGCCGGGCCUUCAACAGGAACCACCACCUGACUGUCCACAUGCACACCCACUCAUGAGACAGACUCCUUCAGGAAGAACCUCUUUUCUUUUUCCAAGUGGCAGUUCCUUCGGUUUCUAGAAAGACUUUCCAGCCAAGCUGGUACUUGAGGGGCCUUUCAAAAGCACCAGCUGAAGCCCAGGGGUUUGAGGUGACAGUCUCAGACCACAACGUCUUGGGGAUGGCUGGUUCAUUUUGCCUCUUUGCCACGCCAUGUUGGGUGGAGCUCGUACACCUGCGCUCACACCUGCAGGGUGGAGACAACGCGCCCGCACGCUGCGGGCUGGUGCUUCGGCUCAAUGGAGUCUGGGCUCUGUGCAGCCAGGAGGCGGGACCUCCAUGGCUAGCCAAUGAGGAGCCUGCUUGUGGAGGGUGGGGCCUGCCAUCCAGCCGCGGGAGCAGUGGAGGGGCAGCUGAGACAACGCUGGCUCACGUCUCUGUACGUUCUGUCCCGAGGCUAUUUGCCCCGGACGGUCGUCCGAGUCUGUUGCGUGUGGGCAAAAAGGACCGUCGGUAG